CCACUCCGCGCGCGCGGGCAGAUUUACAGUGGACUUCAGCUGCACGAGACAAACAGCAGCAAUUAUCUCGCGGGAAAGAUCGCGCGACACCAAACGCACGGCAAAUCAGCAACACGAGCUCUGAGAACAAACAAGCUGAGAUUUCACAGUCCCUUUUAAUUUUCUCGCACAAGGAGAAGAAGGAAUAUAGACAACUGUGACAUCUCCAGCAGAUAUACAUGAAUUUUGGAGUGCAUUGAAGAUCUGAGGACGUUUUAAAGCGACACAAGAGGAAUAGCGUUGCGGACCACUUCUUCGAUGUAGCUAGUUUACGCUGAUUUUAUCAUACGACGCCGGAUUUUAAUAGGGCUAUCUAUCGAAAAGGACUUAAAAUUGGGUUACCUCAACAAGUUUUUUUUUUUCAUUUCAUUAUUAUUAUAAUUAUUCUAAAUUACUAUAUUGUGCUCGGAGCUUUUCCCCCGUCACAUUUGAGGAACUGUCCAUUAAAACUUGCUCAGGAUGUUGACAAAAACAGAUAUGAAAAAAGGAACACUUUAAUUUUGCUUCGGACUGCGCAGCAUUUACGCUGUUUCCAUCCCGUUCGCUUCAUGUUUGAGAGGUUUUUGGACCCCGAAAGUCGACGAGAAAUCGACGAAAGCCACUUGCGCGGAUUCCGUAACAGUUCACCCGGGUAAAACCAAUCAUUCAUAAAGCACAUGCUCGCCUCGUUACUCUCGUUUGAGCCUCGUCACUUCUGCAGAUGUGCUCUGGUUCAAGUCUAACCUUCGUGUAGGGUGUUGAUGGAGAGGCUUUCGAAUGACAGCCGGGACAGUGGUAAUCACAGGUGGAAUUCUAGCUACAGUAAUCUUACUGUGCAUUAUCGCGGUACUGUGCUACUGUAGGCUGCAGUAUUAUUGCUGUAAGAAGGAGGAGUCGGAGUCAGAGGAGGAGGAGCCUGACUUCGCUGUCACAUCCCGUCUGCCACCGGUACAUUCCAACCACAACAUCCUGGCUGCCACUGUCCCCAUGGCAACCACCCCCAAUGGGCCUGGCUUCUUCACGCCACCGCGGGCUCGAAAACUGACACGUUCGCAGACCUUCUGUCCUUCCUGUACGCAUUACGAUCUACCGUUUUACCUGCAACAGCCUGAGGGCCUGCGGAAUGGCGGUGAACGCAUUAGCUACCGCAGCGUGCAUCAGCAAGAUCUGGGGCUGCCCACUCCGAUACCCACUCCGCUUCCCGCCCCGAUGCACACCCAGCUGCCAACACCACUACCCAACUACCACAAACUAAACCUCAGCCGCUCGGUCACCAUGAGGGAAAUGUUCCAGCGGAGUUGCAGCAUUAGCACUGAUGUCUAGACAGUGUUGCAACUUAGCCUGGACGUCCAAACAGUGUACUUCAAUGUUUCAUAAAGCUCUACCUUUUGCCUACAUAAAGACAGUGGACGAGUGUCGAGUUUUCAGGAAGACGCCCAGUGCAUUAGUUUGUAGCUGGGCGACACAGGUAUUGUUCCUGCUGCUAAAGAACUACAAGGGCAAAAUGUGUUGAGAUUGAAGAUUGAGACCCCUUUUCCCUACCUCUACCCCUCGGUUUUAGUUCUCUUUCCCUUGUGUUGUGUUUUUGGCUAAUUGGAAAGAAGACUUUGAAAAAAGGCGAUGCUCGUUUUUUAUGCUUUUCUCGGAUUCUUUGGAGAAGUCACACUUAUACAAGGAAACUGCUGAAAUUGCCAAUAUUUGAAAAUACAGUCUAAAUUUAAACUUUUCUGUUGUUCAUGUAGCUUACGUAUUAAAUGGGAUUUUUGCUGAAUUAUAUCUUAAAAAAACUGGUAUAGCUACCAAACCAUCACACUCUGAAAGUCCAGGAUGGGCUGCAAUAAAACUGGUAAAUCUAAACACGAUAUCAGCAGAACAAUAUAUUAUGUAUUAAAGUUUAAUUAUGAGGUAACAACGGGAUGAGAGGCAUUACUUUUUACUGACAAAUAUAUUGGGCACCCCUCUGUGAGCUGUUAUAAAUAUGAAUUGAUGUUUUUCACAAUUGCAAUAUAUUUGUUCUGUUUUGAAUAUUUAAAUGAUUUGUUCUGCUUUAUUCACUUUUCUGAUAUCUAAAAGGUUCUGAUUUGUUUAAUUUAACAAGUCAUUAUCUAUCCUAAAUGACCACGUUUACCUUCACAUCAUUUUCAGAUUUUAAUGAUAUUCUGGUUAAGCCUUUAUUCUGAAAAAGUCAUUUACAUGCUGUGUUCCUGUGCAAAUAUUUAUGUUAAUGUAAAUCUGGACAGUAACUUAAUUAAUUAAUAUUCAGUUGUUUCCUUAAAGUGCACUCAGUAACUUUUGUCUUUGUGUCAUCUUGGACAUACACUGACACCUAGUGGCUUGGAUGCAGCACUAUUUAAAAUCAAUAGUUUUCAGUUUCAGAUGUUUUGUAGAAAUGUUGUAUUCACAGUCAGCAAUGAUUACUUUAAUCAAUGAGUGAAAGUAUCAAAUAACAGGACAGUUACUGAGAUUAAACGAGUAGUAUUCGGCUGGUCAUGUGAUCAUAACAUGGCCGCCCCCAUGUGCGGACCCUCUCCAUGUAGAAUAAAACAGCUUUUAUAAGGUCACUGGUAUGACUGGAGUCUUCGUUUUAAUGAGAGUAGUCGUGAUUUCCUACAAAUAUUGCAAAAUUACAAUUUAUGUCUUUAGGAGUGAAACUUUUUUAAUGAGGAAAACAUUUACUGAGUGCACCUUUAAAGGAACAUUCUGGGUUCAAUACAAGUUAAACUCAGUCGGCAGUAUUUGCGGCAUAAUGUUGAAUACAACAAAAAAUUAUUUUGACUCAUCCAACCGUUUCUUUAAAAAAAGCAAAAAUCUAAGUUACAUUGAGGCACUUACGAUAGAAGGGAAUGGGGCCAAGUUUUGGAGUGUUUAAAGGCAGAAAUGUGACGCUUGUAAUUUUAUAAAAGCACUUAUAAUAAUUCUUCUCCUAAAUCUUUUUUUUUUUUUUUUUUUUUUGGCAUAAUAAAACAAUUAUUUGAGUUGUGAAGUUUUUUAAAUCUUAAUUUUUACAGUCAUUUUAGGAUUUGUUGAUAUUACAUCAUCAUAGCAACUGUAGCAAGUUGUAAAAUUGGCUAAAACUUUACACAGAAAAGAGCAAUUUUAUCACUCUAAAAUCAUGUUAACACACAUAUUGUUUAUGCUUUGUGGCUAUACUUUUGAAGCAGUGAGUAUUUUAACAAUUACGGAUUGGCCCCAUUCACGUCCACUUUUAGAGCACCAAUGUAACCUGCUUUUUUUUAAAGGAGGGUCAAGUUAAAAUUCAUGUUUGUGGCAAUCAAUAUUCUGCCACAAAUUAUGUCGAUUGGGCUUAACAAUUAUUAUUCUUAACGUUAAUAUUCCUUUAACAAUUACAAACAAAAGCACAAUGAUUUGGAAUAUGUAGGCCAUGAUGUUUCUGUUAUUGUUUGUAAAAUAUUAGUUAAUAUCUAAUAUGUACAUUGUAUCAAAUAUUAGCCAGAAUUACCUUUGUUUGCAGAUAUACAGUAAAUGACUGUUCAAUUAUGCUGGGUAUUCUUAAUAAGGCAUUUUUAUGACCCAAAAUUCUGAUUAAUAUAGAUGUAUGCCAGCUAUCUUGCUCAGAUUUAUAGUAACCAGAAUAUUGACUUAUUCUGGUUAUGGAAAUUAGGUUAAUCCACAUACAUGACACUUACAUAAUCAGAAUAUGAUGAAAUUCUGAUUAAUAUUGGAAUAUUAUUUUGCAUGUAAAUGCAGUAAUUGACUAGAUUUGCAUGCACAUCAUUGUCUGAUUAAGGUCCAUAUUCCGGUUAAGACUUUAUUCUCCACAGCUAUUGGAAUAUUUAAUGUAAUCAGCAUAUUCAGAAUGCAUCCAUCCAGCUGUCUUAUUCUGAUUUCUAGAACCCAGAAUAUUGUCUUAAUCGGGUUAUGGCAAUCAGGUUACUGCAUUUACAUGACACAUACUUAAAUGGAACAUGACUGAAUUCUGAUAUUAAUUUAAGAAUUAAUUUUGAUUAAAAAUGAUCAUAUGCUUGUAAACUUGAUCAAUAAUAUUCCUGUCUCUUGAUUAUUUUACAAAUCUGGAUGUGAGAUGAAUGCAAGGGCCAAAUGGAUUCUGGAUUUCAAGGGCAGCAUUUGCUCUUUGUAAAUGCUGUAAGAACAGAUCGUCUUCUCCCAGAAGGAUUUUUCACUGCACACUUCAUUCUUGCAGAGGCAUCAAUCAGCCUGAUUCUCGCCUUGUUGAUGUUAAAACAGGUUUGGUGAUACAACUUUACUUUUUUUUUAAUAAUGACAGUAAUGAUCAAGAAUAUUUCUUCUCUCCUUUUCUCUUUAGUUUCUAGCUUUCUUUCUCUGUGUGUAGCUACAUACUAAAGUCCUACAGGUGACUUUGACUUCUGUGAUCACCAUGUAGUUGUGUUGUAUUGCUUUAUUUUAUUUUAUCUUUCAGUCAUUAUGCCCCAUUUAUGCUCAUGUGCGCACACACGUUCCAGUGCCUGUUAACGAACUGUAUUAUAAUUAUUAUUUAUACAUUUAUUUUUAUGCAUCACUGCAUUAUAACAGUAUUUUUGUUUCUGCCUUAGGUAAAUAAUAUUGUUUUUAUGUUCUAAAGUGAUGCUGAAAUGUUACUGUAAUGGAUUAUACAAUUAAGAACACAAUGUGGAUAAUAA